UGCCUCGUUUCAGUGUUGACACCUGUAAACGUUGCAAACGACUUCGUGGCCAUGGAGGUUGUGGAUGGUACAUUGAUAAAGCAAAAAGAAGCAGGGACGGAAGAUAAAAUGUCAAGUAACAAUAUCGAAUUCAGUGGUCUUCAUGAUUUUGUGAACAGGAUAUUUUCAAAACAUGGCAAGGAACAUUCACAAAGUGAUGACCCAUUAACAACAAGUAAAGAUCUAAAUUCAAGUCUUCCUAUGGAUGAAAUCUUGAAUCAAAUUAGCAACCUCGUCACAUCUUCCAAGUCAAGAUACAAAAAUACUCCCGAUGACAAAUAUAACUCUGUGUCAAUACUAGCGCAUAACAUUAGAGGAUACCUUAGAUUAUUAAAUGAAGACCAAACCACAAAGAUUAUUGAGACUGCACUUGCUGAAACAGGGCAGCUAAUUUCAAGUUUGUUUGGUGUUGAGAACGGAUUUUUCCAUUUCCAUGAAGAUCGAUGCAAUGGUUUGCUGCGAGUUUGUAAGCUGGCACUUUACAUGAAGUUUGCCAAAUAUGGCACAGAUGGGUUUACGGCUUUGUAUACAAGACCACCAGUAAUUUAUGUCAGUGGGGCAGCGCCUGUCAAUUUUGGAAAGGAGCUCAGAGUUCAGCUUGGCCUGCCUCAGUCCAGCAUUUGCAAAGUUCCAUGCAAUACAAUGUUUGGUUCACCGUACACAAUGGAUGUUGCUGCUUUUGAGAGACUCUUAACUGAUGACGUGUCAUGUGGAAAAACGCCCUUGUUACUAAUAGCAUUCGCAGGCACUCCUGGCACAGGUCACACAGACAACUUGGCAAGGCUGCGGGAAAUCUGCACGCAAUCUGGGGUUUGGUUACACAUCGAGGGUGAUUCCUUGGCUACUUUAGCAUUGUCAAAAGUCCCUCCAUCUAUUUCGGCUGCAACUAGUUCAGACAGUUUCACAUUGAAUCUCCCGACCUGGUUUGGUACACCAAACAUUCCUUAUUGUACUACAUACAAAACAUCAAAUCCAAGCUUGGCUGAGCAGAGUGGACUGGUUCCAACUAAAACUAUCGAAAAACUAGCAUGUUUUCCAUUGUGGAUGCUGUUAAAGUCAAUUGGACUAGACGAACUAAAAAGUUGCAUCACCAAAGCUUCAGAAUUAGCCCAGCAACUGUCCCAUCGGAUUGACAUGGUGUCAGGUGCAAAGAGACUGGAACAGGCAAAUGUGAUCUCUCCCACCGUCGUCUUCAAAUACAAGGCAUCACCAGCUCUUUCAUACACUUCUUCAAGUUCACUUGAAGAUGAAGAUGACGAUGAAAACGUGAAGUCGGCUAAAUCUACAAUUGAUGUAUCACCAAAGCUGUGUGAUUCGCUCAAUGAAAUUCUCGCAGACCAUCUUCAACAAUUAUGUGGAAAGGUUGCAAUCAAGCUGACUCAGAUUUCUCGAGAGGGUUCGUGUAUUGCUUUCAACCCACUGCAGUCAUCGCGAGCCUUAGGAACAGACAACAGUGACAUUGACCAGUUUGUAGAAGAGCUGGAACAAGAAAUCAUAAGGCUGGAUUCCACUUUAAUAUCGCGAAGUUUCUUUCAAGAAGCUUUCCAAACAGUACCAGACGUCCUCUUAAUUGACAGCUCAGACAAUCCGGUUGUCGGUGCCUUUCAGUGCAUCCCAAAGUACUGGAAAGUUAAAGCGACAUCAAAUUUAAGCGACAGCAAGAAAAGGGAGGCUAACGAACUUAAUCGUAACAUGUUACUGAAACUUUCCCAGGAUUUCAACUGUCUCAGCGAAGGAAAAACUCCCGAUGGUCAGAUAUACGUUCGGGUUGGAGUGAUCGAUGAAGCCUUUGAUAUUAAUACCUUGGCAGAGACGGUCAAACACGUUGCGGAAGAAUUAGAGGACAACACUAAGUUUUUGGAGACCAUGAGUGAUGCCAUACAGAAAAGUAUCCAUGAGGCUGAAGCCGUUUUGCAAAAAGAAUCUGAAGAAAAAUUCUUUGAAGAGGGCGUUCUAAGGCACGUGCCUCUAAUUGGCUCUGUUUUCAGUUGGCUAUCACCCCCGUCUAAAGAAUCACAUGGUGUGACUGGUAGAGCUUUCAACCUGGCUUCUGGCAAACUGCAGUCUACUGAAAAAACGUACAGAUAUAAAAUGCAACUGCAAGGGGAAGAGGAUGCUGGUGACAAUACGAAAGCGACUUCAUCGCAGGCUGCACCCACAACAUCAGAAACCGACGUGGAUCUCUUGGAAAAAGAUACGGUAACCCCAGAUGCCAAAGAGAGUGAAGAUGAGUCACGCGAAACAGGCAGUUCCGUUAAUGAUGAGGCGGAAAUAUCAGUUGAAGAGACAGCUGGGGAAGCAAGUAGCAAGGAGCAUGAAAACGAGAUUAAUACCGAGCCGUCAAAAGAAAGCGAGGCUGAGGAUGGCGAUACGACCCAGCAGAAUGACGAGGAAUCAGAGACUACUGAAAAUGGCGAGGAGGUUAAGGAAUCUGACGUUUAGAUUAAUGAAUAGCCUGGAAAGUGUGUUUGUACAAUUAACUUAUGAUUUAUUAUCUAGACCGAGAUAGUUAGCUAUCAGGUACGAAUUUUAGACUAAGUGGUAACCGAAGUAUCAGAAUACAAAAUGGUUUGGUGAUAAAUGCAACUCGAACUACAACAGUUAAUUGUCAAUAUGACGUAAGUAUUCAUAAAUUCCAAGAAAAUUUAAAUCGCUAAUAUGAUCUCAUUACGUAGGAUGGAUAUCCAAAUGGAGUUGGCACAAUAUAUUGUUUUAGGAACAUUCGCUCUCUCAGACUCAGACAAAUCGAGACACAUAGAGAAACAAGUAGAAAAUAAUGCCAAAGAAUUGUAUAGAAAUUUAGCGGUAUAUUUUGAAAACACUUAUUAUCUUUAGACAACUCAGCAUUUUGUUAUUACUGGUGAAGGUUUUUUGCUUUCAAUAUUGAUAGUCUUAGUGAAGGCCCUUAAAUCACAAAAUAGACCUAUCAAUCAGAUUGUGACAUAAGCAUCAACCUUCGUAAGUCUGUCCAAUUUGACACUUUUAAAAUAACAGAAAUCAGACCCUGUCUUAAUUCUGCCGAUGAAUGCUUUUUCUAAAACCCUUUGGUAAACAACAGCCCUAGUUGUGUCAGUCUUCAAGGCCGAGUUCCAAGUAAACCACAAAAUGAACGAAUAUAAGAGCCGGAUUUCGUCCAUAGAAUUUCACGAAAGAAUCAAGCCGGGGUCGGAUCCUGGCUCAGUACAGUGUUUCAAAUUCGGUGCAUCAUCAUAUUUUAUACUGUUGUCACAAUCUGUUUGACUGAUGUGAUGUGGUAUGGGCCUCAUUCUUGGACUAGUAUCUCGUCUCUUGGAAAUUAAUAACCUCGUGACGUCAUUUUCGGUAUUUUGAAAAUAAAGGCUGGGUUUUAAAGUCCGGUUUAUAUUGCAUCUAAAGCAUGAUAUUGCAGUUUCAGUUCAAAUGUGAAUCACCGGGAAAAUGUGAGUCAUCAAAUAG